AUUCUUGCGACGAAUUGGAAACGACCGACACAUCAGCCCUGACGUGACAGGCGGUCACUCUGUAGGCGGUCAGGCACUCAUGCCUUCGGCCAAGCAACUUUCCAAAGCUUCAGCAUCAUGCCUUCGGCUAGUUAUUCUCCGCGUCCUCUCACUUUUAUUGGUCGAGUGCUCCUUGCCAUUACCUGCUCGCAUCUUACUUGUGCGCCUCGUCGCUAGGCAGACGGCACGGCGUGAAACAAACUUAUCGGAACGGUCGCACUCCCUGUGCACGCACAUACAGUGGAACACAGACACCUGUGCACGUUAUUAGCAGCUCGCGCUCUCUCUCUCCCCCGCUCCGCCACUGUCGGGCAUCCAUGCGCGCGUCUCUACAGUUCCGCCAGGGCGACGGCGCGCACCACGCGCCAAGCGGUCCGCUCUUCCGCCUCAAACUGCCCGUGUCGCUGCUAGGCCUUCCGCUCCCGCUCUUCUCCGGCUGCUCCGUCGGCUCUGCGCCCUCCGACGUCUCUCUCUCCCUCGGUACCGCCUUCACCGCCGGACCCUCCCUCCGCCUCACCUACCGCCCCAUCCGCGCACCCGCGCUCUCCGCGCCUCCUCACGAUGACUCCGCAGACGCCGCCGGGGUUCCCAGCGGGAAUUCCGCGUCUCUCCAUCUCGUGCUGAAGGCGGGGCUCGGUCGUCUCGGGUCGUCCCGCGAUGCCUUUUUGUCGGUAGCGGCGGAGCUCGAGUUUUGCCCUUCCGCAAUAUCUGCGGGCGGAGCUCCAUCCAAUGGUGUUGGGAAAAGCGCCUUCCGCGUCCCCCUGCGCGCGCAUAUCCGCUUCAAGGCGGAGCCGCGGGUAGGAGACCUUUCGUUCCGCCGAUUCCCAUCUGCCGCGGUACCUCCAGCGCGGAGAACAGGCGCAGGCGUGUCGGCGGAAGCAGCUCCCCCUGCGCGGAGCGCGAAGCCAUGCGCGCAAAGCAGCAGCGGCAGCGGGGAGCCGUCCGUGUCCGCGUGCACGCCGCUGUCCGUUGGGGCGCGCAGCCAGAGCUCUAGCCCGCGGAGCAGCGGAGGCAGCCGGGGGGGAAGCCAGGGAGGCAGCCGAGGGGGAAGUCCAGGGCGGGGAGCAAUCGGCGGAGAUGGGGAAAGGACAGUAGCAGAUGAAAUAGCUGCUGCCAGCACGGCUGCUUGCAAUGGUACUCCACCCGCUGCUUCCUCUCCCAUAUCCUCCCCAGGCGGACAAGCGUCUGCUGCUGCUGCUGCUGCCUCACCCACGUUGCAGAACAGCGUCACCAGCAGUGAGAGUAUAGUGGAGGGAGGGGCAGGCAGCGGCAACAGCCCAGGAGGAUUGCAUGCAGGACAAGGCACAGGAGGAGAGGGGAUUAUAGCACUGCCUGGUCUCUCUUCCUCGGCAGCAGUUUCUGCAACCCGCCUGUUGUCUCGGCGUCUCACUUUAUCUCCCAGCCCGCCUCACUCCCCCACAGCCGCUGCAGCUGCGGCUGCUGCUACAGCAGCGGCGGCAGCAGCGGCGGCAGCAGCGGUGGCGGCUGUAGCGGCAUCAGGGCAGCAGGUGACAUGGCAGUGGUCAGCAGCUGACCUGGCGGGCGCUGUGAGGAACGCGGGUUGGGGCAUUGGUGUUCGCAGCAGCGUGCCACUUGGCACUCACGGAGUGGCUUCUCUCCGCUGGCGGCUCACCCUCCCUCACUCCACCCCCUCUUCUUCCUCCUCCCUACCUCCGCCUCUUCCUGCUCCCAAUCCCCCGUCUCGCACCACCACCAGCAACACUCAAAGCAGCAGCGGCUGGUCCUCCUCGUCCUCCCACGCACCGUCCCUGCACUUGGAUAAGAUCAGUGUAGAGGUGCGCAGCAGGGCCUUCCGCUUCAUUCCUGCCUGCUGGGCCAUGCACGAACCACCCCCACCAGACGCCCUACCUCAAUCCCGGCCGGUGGCUGCUGCUACAGGUGCUGCUGCUGCAGGUGCUGCUGCCACCACCUCCCAGCCGCCCAGCCUGCCCACUUCCGCCACUCUCGUCAUGCCAGGUGUCGCGCCUCGACUGCUCCUCAUGCCCUCUGGGCCCCUUGGCUUCCGGCCUGCACUGGUGCCGCCAGGUGGCAGCACGGGAGUGGAUGGCAGGGCGCAGGGGGGCGCGGGACGGGUGGUGGGAGAGCAGGGGGAGGUGGCACGGCUUCGGGGGGAGCUCGUGGGGCUGAGAGCCGAGGGGCAGCGGCUGAAGCAGCAGGUAGAUGAGUUGAGGAGUGCAGUGGGCGAGGGCAGUGCAGGGGAGGGCGGUAAGGCAGGCAGUGUGGGAGAGACCAAGGGAGGGACGGGGAAGGGAGUGAAGGAGGGUGGGGCUGGGCCUGCUGCAGCCGUGAAGGGCACUGCAGGGCGGGCAGAGGCCGGCAAGGGAGGUGGCAGUACUGCUGCUGGUGGUGGAGGCAGUGGCAAGGAAACAAAAACAGCUCCUGCUCCAGGUGCUGCUGGCUCUGCCGCUGCUGCGGGUGGUGCUGGCAGCAAGGGGCAGAGCGGUGGCUGUGGCAAUUCUGAAAAGGAGAAGAAGCAAGGUGGAGGGCUCUUCGGUAGGUGGAGGGGCAGAGGAGACAAGAAGGAGAAGAAAGAGGAGAAGAAAGUGAGCUCAAGUGCUACCAGCAGCGGCAGCAGUAGCAGCAGCAACAGCAGUGGUGGUGGUGGUGGUGGUGGCCCUGGUGCAGAUGGUGCAGGUGGUGCAGUGAGUGGCAGCGGUGUGCCUGUGGCGAGCAAGGCAGGGCCUGCUGGCAGUGCAGCGGGUGCUGCUGCUGGCACUGAGACUGUGGGACGCACAGGGACACCAAGAGCUGCUGGGGCAGCUGCUGCAGGUGUGGGAGUGGACAUCCCAGUGAGCGCAGUCCGGGCUGAUAUCACUGCUGUGAGGAAUGCUCCUGGUCAUGGGCAUGGGCAUGGUGCUCUGUUACAUGGCCCAGCACCCAUAGAGGGGCAUGGGCCAGUGGGGCAAGGGUCACUGGCAGGUAAGGGGGCUUUAAGUGGUAGCGCUGCUGCGAUUGCUGCUCAGCUAGAGCUGGAGGAGGAGCUCAGGCAGGCCAUUCUGCAGGCGCGGGGAGGGGCUGCAUAGCUCACACUUGCUUUGGAUUACACCUGAUUAGGGACCCUGUGUGGUUUUAGGGGCGGCAUGAUGUAACCUAGGUACAGGCACUGUUGUGACUUGGCAACUUGGCAUGAUUUAGCAGUGGUAUGACUAGAUCCCAUGGUAGAUUAGAUACCUACUACGUUGAUGAGACUUGCAUAAUAGAUACUGCAAACUGUA